AUUACUUUUUCCUUUUUUUCUACUCUCAAAUUCCCUUGCCUCCAUCGCCAUCUACUCAACACUCUUCUUGACAUCAUGGCUCUCAGAAUCCCCAAGGGAACUCAAAUGCUCAAGGAUGGCUACAAGCACCUGCAAGGUGUUGAUGAAGCUGUCCUUCGUAACAUUGCAGCUGUCCACGAUUUGUCCGAAAUCACGCGUACUUCCUUUGGUCCUAAUGGUCGCAACAAGAUCAUUAUCAACCACAUGGAAAAGUUGUUUGUAACUAAUGAUGCUGCCACUAUUGUCCGUGAGCUUGAAGUCGUCCACCCUGCAGCCAAACUCCUGGUCAUGGCCUCACAGCAACAAGAAGCUGAGAUGGGUGAUAAUUCCAACUUGGUUAGCAUUAUUGCAGGAGAGCUCUUGCAGAAGGCUGAAAGCUUGCUUCGUAUGGGUCUUCAUCCCAGUGAUAUUGUCCAAGGAUAUGAAGUUGCUUUACAUAAAGCUUUGGAGAUCCUCGAAGAAUUAUCGGUUGACGAGGUCAAGAAGUUGCACUCCAAGGAGGAUCUCAUUAAAGCUGUUCACACUGCCAUUGCUUCCAAGCAGUACGGAAACGAGGAUAUGCUGACAGAGCUUGUUUGCGAUGCUGCUCUUGCUGUCAUGCCAAAGGAGGCUGCCAACUUUAACGUCGAUAGCAUUCGCAUCGUCAAGAUCAUGGGUAGCAGUCUUUAUGAGAGCCGAGUCGUCAAAGGAAUGGUCUUUGGUCGUUCCCCUGAAGGUGUUAUUACAAAUGCAAAGAAGGCCAAGAUCGCUAUUUUCACAUGCCCUCUGGACAUUGCACAAACUGAGACUAAGGGAACUGUUUUGAUUCACAAUGCCAAUGAGAUGCUUGAUUUCACAAAGGGCGAAGAAAAGCAGAUGGAGAACAUGUUGAAGUCAAUUGCUGACGCUGGCGUCAAGGUGGUUGUUACCGGUAACACUGUUGGUGAUCUUGCUCUUCAUUACCUCAACAGAUUCGGCAUUAUGGUGGUUAAAGUCCUGUCCAAAUUUGACCUGAGAAGAUUGUGCCGUGUUACUGGUGCCACUGCAUUGGCUCGAGUAGGUGCACCAAUGGCGGAAGAGAUGGGAUACUGCGAUAUCGUUGAGAGUGUUGAGAUUGGUGGAGAUCGUGUGACGGUAUUCAGACAGGAGGAGGAAAUCACAAAGACUGCCACCAUUGUUAUCCGUGGUGCCACCCAGAAUCACUUGGAUGAUGUUGAGCGUGCUUUGGAUGAUGGUGUAAAUGUGAUCAAGGCUCUUGUGAAGGAUCCUCGCCUUGUUCCUGGAGCUGGUGCAUCGGAGAUGGAGUUGCUCAAGCGUUUGCUGGCUGUCGGAGAGAAAACCCCUGGUUUGAACCAGCAUUCGAUCAAGAAGUUUGCUGAAGCUUUUGAGGUUGUUCCUCGUACCCUGGCAGAGAAUGCAGGCAUUGAUGCUACAGAGAUCAUUUCCAAAUUGUAUGCGUCCCACCAUGCUGAUGAUUCAGGUGUGAUGGGUGUUGAUAUUGAGAGCGAAAACAACGGUCUUAUUGAUGCUCAUGGCGCUAAGAUCUAUGAUGUUUUGGCAGCCAAGUCACAUGCCAUCCGCCUUGCAACAGAGACUGCGAUUACGGUCCUCCGUGUAGAUCAGCUGAUCAUGUCCAAGGCUGCUGGUGGACCCGUUGCACCCAAGAAGCAGCAACAUUGGGAUGAGGAUUAAGUCGGAUGAACUGGAGGGGGUUUUUUUAUAUUAGAAUAUUUUUGAGAAACCAUGACCAUUAGGAC